AUGUACGAGGAUUCCUGGUACAGCUUCGUCCCCGAAGUGACGCAAAAGAAGACACCUUCUAUCAGCCAAAGUACUGGCCACAAAAGACGCGAAUCUCUCUUGCAGCCGCUCAAUGGCUCGAAUCAAAAUGAUGCUGUAGAGCCCCUCGCAAAUCUCUACGAGGAAAUCGAUGCUACCGAAGGACCUCCCGAAGCGACACUACUCCGUAGGGCCAAGUCCUACUCGGACUUUUACCAUGUUGUGCGGGCCCAGCUUGCAAAGGACGCGAAGAAGAAACGCAAGAAGAAGAGAAUCAAUUAUUCUCUGGAGGCACUGAACAUUCAAAAACCAGAGGACGCCGUCGGCCAAAGGUAUGAGGAGCCCACGGAGUCCAUUGACGAUCAAUUGCUCGAGGCAAGUCAGCAAGAGUACCUCGUGUACCAGGACCAGCUCGCUCUGACCGACCGACACCUGGACACGCUGAUUGAGGAUGCAAAUGGAGCGCUACAGUUGUUAGAGACAUUGGCAAGCUCUUUCCGUGCUGUUGAGAACCAGACCUCGUCUUUUCAGGCUCAAUGCGACGACCUAUUGUCCGAGGAGAAACGGCUUCAGAAGUUGGCAGACGAGGUCGGGACCGAACUGCACUACUAUGCUUACCUAGACGGCGUGACUAGGCGGCUGAAUGCUCCUGGCGCAAGUCGCCUGGUAGACCAUGAGAAUUUUGCGGAAAUUCUGACCAACACGGAUGCUUGUAUUCGGUUCAUGGCCAAGCAUCCAACAUACCGAGAUGCCGAAUCCUACCUGGCCCGAUACCAAUCUUCGUUGACGAAAGCGCUUCAUUUGGUUGAGAGCGGGUUCAGUAAUCACCUCGAUCGCAUAUCGGGCGAGAUUUCCAAGCAAAUCGCUUCAACCCAGUCUGAAGCUGCUCGUCAUGCCCUGGCCUAUGGACGUUUUGAAGAGCUAGUCCUCGAAGCUGACGGCCUAAUCUCUAAUGUUCAAAGGGUUAUUCGCAGCGGUUUUGAUCAGUCUGGAAACCCGAUCGCCGAACAUAAUUUUGACUAUUACGCCAAUACGGCCGUCAACAUUUUCUUCUCCUAUUCUAGCAUCAGAGAUAGAGAUCUGAAGCCAAUGACACAACAUGACCUGGAGACAUUUCGAAAAGAGACAAAAGAAGCCAAUGUAGGGAUGGCGUCACGAAACUUCAUCAAGCAAUGUUACGAGAGGUCGUACGACGAGGCUGGUCUGUUUGCCAAGAUUUUUGCCAUCGACCCGCAAUUCAGUAUGGACACCCAGUCGGCAUACGUUGCAAUGAAAGGUCAGCAGAAGACUUUGGUCAACAUCGCCAAUGUCGCGCCUAUAGCCAACACGCUCCAACCCAACCUGCAGGCUAGCGACUUGCAGACUAUUUGCAACCUUCUCGGAUGGAUCACUAAUGAAUACUUGCUCCUGGACUAUGAUGAAGAGAUCUCGCGCUAUUCUCAGCACUGCCAAGAGCUUACAGCAAGACUAUUGAUGGAGCAUUUGUGGCCUUUCGCAGACACGGCAUUCGAAAACGAAAUCACACAGUCCAUUACCCGUCCAGCUGUCUCACCUGAAACCAUCAAGAUCGGCCCGGUAGUGAAUGGUGUUGCCUCAUCCAACGCACAUCCUCUGGCCAAGAAAGCUUUGGAGCUCCUCGUCAUGUAUGACCAGGCUAUGCCAAAAGAGCGCAGCCAAAAGUCAAGUUCCGUGGUCUUCAAGAUUAUCCACGAGACGAUACUUGCGUUGCAGAGAAUUGAAACCCGCAUCAAGUCUACGAAAUCUACGGAUCCCGACCCCGAUCCCGAUCUGUUCAUGAUCAAGAAUCUUCUCAUUGUCAAGAAUGAGCUUGUAUCACUCGAAAUUGGCGAUGUUCGCUCGCAGACAACUACAAACAUGCAGCACUUUGGGCAGAUUUGGGAUGCCCUUUCACCGCAGAACUGGAUGGGUCUGUUCAGGGGCAUCUUGGGUGGUUCCUUGUCCCUGGGCCUGUGGUCUUCCGCCACUGCUGCAAACAAUUCUAAACCAGCCAACAUCAAUGAUGGUGUGCAGGACGCCAGUGAAAAAUUGGACGAGCUACUGCGCCAAAGUAUUUAUGCUUUUACGCAGCGAUGGGGCGGCUUGGUGAAUGCAGCAAAGAGUGGCAAGAAGGGCGCAAAGACUUCGGCACAGGUUGAGACCGAAUUGAAUGAAAAGCUAUUGACUGCAUUUGGCGGGCAGCCAGAGGUGGUUGGCAAGCUGAAGGAAGCUAUUCAGAUCAAUGCCCAGGCACAGAAGGAGGUUGGUGGUGCAAAGCGGUGA